CCACACCAACAGCAUCCCUCUGGCCUCCUCAGCUCAGCUUACGACCACGUGCGCAAGACUCGAGUGGCCAUCAAGAAAAUCAGCCCCUUUGAGCAUCAGACCUACUGCCAGCGCACUCUGCGGGAGAUCCAGAUCCUACUGCGCUUCCGCCAUGAGAACGUCAUUGGCAUCAGAGACAUUCUGCGGGCACCCACCCUGGAAGCCAUGAGGGAUGUCUACAUUGUGCAGGACCUGAUGGAGACAGACCUGUACAAGUUGCUCAAAAGCCAGCAACUGAGCAAUGACCACAUCUGCUACUUCCUCUAUCAGAUCCUGCGGGGCCUCAAGUAUAUUCACUCAGCCAACGUGCUGCACCGGGACUUAAAGCCCUCCAACCUGCUCAUCAAUACCACCUGCGACCUUAAGAUCUGUGAUUUUGGCCUGGCCCGGAUUGCUGAUCCUGAGCAUGACCACACUGGCUUCCUGACAGAAUAUGUGGCCACACGCUGGUACCGGGCCCCAGAGAUCAUGCUUAACUCCAAGGGCUAUACCAAGUCCAUCGACAUCUGGUCUGUGGGCUGCAUUCUGGCUGAGAUGCUCUCCAACCGGCCCAUCUUCCCGGGCAAGCACUACCUGGACCAGCUCAACCACAUUCUGGGUAUCCUGGGCUCCCCAUCCCAGGAAGACCUGAAUUGUAUCAUCAACAUGAAGGCCCGAAACUACCUACAGUCUCUGCCCUCCAAGACUAAAGUGGCCUGGGCCAAACUUUUUCCCAAGUCAGACUCCAAAGCCCUUGACCUGCUGGAUCGGAUGUUAACCUUUAACCCCAACAAACGGAUCACAGUGGAAGAAGCACUGGCUCACCCCUACCUGGAGCAGUACUAUGACCCAACGGAUGAGCCGGUGGCCGAGGAACCCUUCACCUUUGACAUGGAGCUAGAUGAUCAACCGAAGGAGCGACUGAAGGAGCUCAUCUUCCAGGAGACAGCUCCCUUCCAGCCUGGGGCACUGGAGGCCCCCUAAUCUGGGCAGAUGCCUCUGUUACCUGGGGCCUGGCCCUACCUCCUGCCUGCCCCUCUCCUGCUGGACUGUUAAGAAAAUGGACACUGUGCCCAGCCCGGACUCCGGCAGCCCAGGUCGGGGCAGAGGGCAGGCCUGGCCACCUUCCCUUGCUCUGCCCUGGCUGCCUGCUUCAGGCAAGCCAUGGAUGCCCCCAGCCCUCCCCUCCUCCCCACCAGGACCUGAGGGGCUCAGGUGGCCCCAAAGCAAACUUCAUUCUGCUGCUCUGCCUUCGUCUACCCCAGCUGUCCCAGUCUCUGGUAGUUCUGGAAUCGACAGGCUCUGGCUGCCCCAGGACCUACUGAAGGGUCGGGGUGGAGGAUGGGGACACUGAGUAGGGACUCAGGGCAAGCCCCACCCCAUAUCCUCUGAAGGAACAAUCCUACGUCUCAAGGGCUAGUAUCCCUACGAGCAGGGCCCAGGCCUAAACCCCUUUCCCCUCAAAGCUGCCACAUUUAACGCCCCCUGCUGCUUCUGUGUGUGGGUGAACAGAAGUGGAGGUGGGGGCACAUGGAGAGCCCAGUGCCCCUCCCACCCCUGUGCCUGUAUCUAAUAUAUAAAUAUAGAGACGUGUAUAUGGA